AUGUUACGUAUGUUGUGUUCUGUACUGAUAUCCACUUAUAUUUUGACAACCGCCGCUUUACCAAUUGCAGUUUCUAAUAAAAAAGAUUCGAAAUUCUGCUGUAAAUGUACUAUCGAGGAUAGAGAUGAAAGCACAGGUAAAACUGUCACCAAUUUAGGAAUUGGUCAAAUCAACACACUCAAUGUGAUAACACAUUCUCUAAUAGAUUGUGAGGGAGUAUCUGCAACAAUGGUAAGCAGUGCUGCUGGAGGAUUUAUCAAAACUGAUGGAGAAGGAUUGAUCAAUACGUAUAUUAGUGGUUCAGAUGCUCGUUUGAUAAUUCCAUCGGUACAAAUUCGUGUACCUCAAGUACAGCUUCCGGCACCAGUUAAUAUUAUACCACAACAACCAUAUGCAUUAUACCAUUUUCAGCCGUUCAUUAACAUACUACAGCCAAAAGUUAGCACACAAUGUUGUGUGCCGUGUCCGGAUGGGAAUGGUAUCUGUUGCUGUACACCCGAUGCAACUACAACAGCAUCUCCUCGUGAUUCGCACACUUUGUAUCCACCGUAUCAUCCAGCUGGAGCAGGAAUACCGCUCAAAAGCACCUCAUUAAUUGUUGUUAGCACAGCAAUACUGCUAGUCCUCAAUUACAUUAUGUGA